AUGGGAGGUUAUGUCCCUCCUCACUUGAGGAAAGCAGCCGCGACAGGAGGAGGCGAACCGGGUGGCAGGUCCGACUCUGGGCCUGCCCCUGCGCGCUCUGGCAGCUAUGGAGAUGUUCGUGGCGCUGGCAACGCCAGCCGUGGCGGCUGGGGUGAUGACCGCGGCAGCAGCGGCGGCGGCGGCUCGUCCAUGGGGCGCCGCCCCGAGCCACGAGGCGGCGGCGGCGGCGGCCCUGCUGCCCGCUCGGGCGGCACGAUCGAGGCAGUCUUCAAGCCUUACGACCCUAGCGAGCGCGUGAAGGCACUGACUGCUGACAUGGUGGCCGACAUCAGGCAGCGGCUCAACGUGACAGUUGAGGUGCCCGAGGGCGAGCCCCCUGCAGCGGCGCCCGUGGAGUCCUUCAAGGACAUGAACCUGCAUCAAAACAUCCUCACGGACAUCACUGCGCACAAGUACGAGACCCCGACGCCCAUCCAGGCGCAGGGCAUCCCCGUGGCGCUGUCGGGCCGCGACAUCCUGGGGUGCGCCGAGACGGGCAGCGGCAAGACCGCGAGCUUCGCGAUCCCCAUGAUCCAGUUCUGCCUGAACCAGGCGCCGCUGCGGCCGGGGGACGGGCCGAUGGCGCUGGUGCUGGCGCCGACGCGGGAGCUGGCGCAGCAGAUUGACAAGGAGGUGGGCACAAGGGGGGACGAGGUGUGA